AUGAAAGGAGGAUCAAUCAACAUGAUUGUGCAGAUUAUUAUGGUGGCAUUGGCAACUAUGUCGACUCCUUUAACAGCAACCAUCAGCACAGUGAGUUUCAACACCAAAUUCGAAGGUGCGAGUGUGGGGCCAUACCAGGUGUUCAUGUCAUCUCUACGAACAGCACUGUCCAGUGGAGCCGAGAGCUAUGGCAUCAAAGUGCUGCGUACGAGAGCUGCAGCAGUCGGAGACAAACAGUUUGUCUAUGUCAGACUUUACAAUCCAAGUACUGUCUCCAUCACAUUCGCACUAGACGCUCUCAACUCGUACGUGGUGGCUUAUCAAGUAGAUGCAGAGAAGCGUUGCUACUUCUUCAGAGAAGCUCCACCUAACUCCAAAACUGUACUUUUCAAUCAGUGCACCAAAAAAGUUGAUGUUAAUCUCGUGACUAGCUAUGUCAACUUAGGUGACAGAGAGAAAACUAGGGUGGGAUUCAAGCCACUAGACCAAUCCCUCGAAGCAUUCAGAAGAUUUGAUAGCAAGGAUCCCACGAACGAGCUUCGUCAGAAUCUUCUGGUCGUUAUCCAAAUGGUGGCUGAGGCUGGAAGGUUCAAGUAUAUUCAGCAGAAAAUGGAGUGGAAAGGCUUUGACUCGGGGUUUCUCCCAGGAGGUGAUCUUAUUAGUUUUGAGAAUAAUUGGGAUGCACUUUCGAGAGCAAUACAGCAAUCUAAAGAUGGAAAAUUUACUCCAAUUCAGUUGAAAAAGGAAGACAAUACUCCACGCGUUGUUUCCACUGUUGCAGAAGUGAAAAACGACAUGGGACUCUUGCUCAAUGCAGGCACAACAACCAUGAUGAGUGGUGAAGAAAGCUUUGAAGAAAUAGCUGCUUCGUAUUAA